CUCCAACGACCAGCCUUGACCUUGGUUUCUCUUUCUGUGGUCUGCAGGGCUUUCUGACUGAUCGCGGUCGAGACAAUUUUGAGCAGGAUGCUAGGGCGAUAUUCUGCUGACGUCUGAGACUGCCUCACCGUCUUUCGUGCAUUCUAUACAACCUACCAAAGUCUUUGCGGCCGGCGAGAUCAACAUGAAGUUCAUUGACUCGUACACGUCCAACAACAGCGGAUUCCAGCUUGACAUCGUUGGUUUCCUUGCCAUUCUUGGAGAAGGUUCCGUUGAGACUGUUGCUCAAGUUGUUACCUUGAGUUACCUCAUCUACCUUCCUCGUCUCCUCCCCGCCCCCCAGAUCUUCAUCAGACCUUCGAGACCGGAAAAGCUUGAGACCACAUCUGGAGCAAAAGUAAUUGGGGUUCAUUCUGGCAACACCGGCGAAGACAUACAUCAUGUGGCCCAUGCGUUGCAUCGUGGGGAUAAACUUGCCCCUAAUACAGUUACCUGUGUGAGAGUGAAGGAGAACGAAAAAGAUCGUCCAUCUAUCAAACGCUUUGGGCCUCUGGCCAUGCUAGCGUUCAUGGGGUUCGCCAUGAGUGCUGCAUUGCUGGGCCUAUCCAUAUACUACGAGGAUGGCAUGUCCUUGUUGGCGACAGCGCUCUUGUCUUCCCUGAGCACGGUCACCGGGAUCGCGAACAAAUGGUCGCCCACCCCGAACGAUCCGAAGCCUGAUCCUCAUUCCCCUCCGGGUGAUGUAGUGAUCAAAUAUCCUCAAGGAGCCUUUAUUGUGGUAUCCUGCGAGGAACGAACGGCACGAUACUUGUAUUUCAAUCCAAGCGAGCGUUGUAUUUAUGCGGUUACGAGCACAGCUAUAUAUAGAGGUCUUUCAUUGAUUUCGACCUUGUUACUCAUGGGUGGAGUUAUCUCACUGGCCAAUGCCAGGAUCGAGACCCAGACAGCAUUUGCAGGAGCCUACAUGCUUAUCAACAUUUUCUACUGGAUAGGGGCUGCUUUGCCACCUGCUCAACAUUGGGAUCUUUCUCGACUGGAAGUCGAACAUAUUGAGGUCCAUGGUGGGACUCCUCCACGAACCGCCAAGAUCGACAACUACUCGCCAACAUAUACCGAAGCACUAUGGAAGGCUAUCGCGGUCACGGGGACCAGCAACUGGGUGAAAGAAGCGGGAUGGGCCCCCAGAACUCCGGCCUGGAAUGAUUGGCUCAACGAAGCAGAAGAAGCCGCUCUAGGGGAGCCAUUGAAGUCGAGCACAAAGACAGUCAAUGGCAAGGUAGUUGAAAUUUGGACAAUUCGCAAUUGGGACAGCAGAAAUGCUCUGUCAACUCUCCUACGGACGACGACGGACAAGAUUGGUCCCAGAUCACCCAAGUGAGGUUCAAGCGAUAUCACGGGCCGGUGAAAACACAGUCUCUGGGGCCUUGACCCUCUGCAUCAAGGGCUUGACCGGGAUUCACCAUCUCCCCCGCAAUGUUCCUUCUUGUGACAACGACGAUUUACGGAACUAUGAUCAAACGACUGACGAAAUGAUGACUGAUGGAAGCCAAAAUCUGCUUGGGCAAAGAUAAAUUAACUAUAGAUAGAUCAUCAAUAAGAUGUAUUCCUG